AUGACGUCCACAAACCAUCCCUCUUUUCAAGAUGCAACCCGUUACUCUGCACAACAAUACACGAACUACCCAUAUAUGAAUAAGACUCAGUUGUACACGCAAGCGCUCCUUACACCACGAGCACCAUCCCCACUCUCAACAUCCAUUACCCAGCAAGACUUUCCACAUUCCCAUCAAUAUGCAUCAUUACAACGAUAUCCCUCCCACCCGUUACAAUCGUCAGCACUUUCUCCGUAUCAUCGCACGCCUCUCUCGGCUGCACAGGCUAUACCUCGAAUUGAUCUCUCUUCAUCGCUCAUGGCACAAUCAAAACGCCUUGGAUCUCCAAAGUCGCUAGAUGACCCAUCUGCGUCUUCCACCCAGUCGUCUACGACAAAUAGAUACCAAUGCCCAUACUGUUCCAAGAGGUUUAGUCGCCCAAGUUCAUUACGCAUUCACACAUAUUCACAUACAGGGGAGAAACCGUUUGUAUGCACCGAACUUGGAUGUGGAAGGAAGUUUUCUGUACAGAGUAACAUGAGGAGACAUCUACGUGUACAUCGACUGGGUAGACCUGUAAAGAAAGUUAGAUAUGAUGGUGAGGUAGAGGGAGUGAAGGUUAUGAAUCCAACAACGGUGUUGAGAGGAUGCUGA